AUGCGGCUCGUGGUGCUCAUCGCCUUGAUGGCCGCUUCUUAUGCAUCUGCAGCUGGUCCUCGAGUCGGUAGACGAUCCGAACGCCAGAACGCGAAGUUGGCUCGGGAUAUGGCUGGAUGGCUAGGUGCGCACGAUCAAGUCAAGCCGGCUGAGCACCUUGGACACAUCCCUGCGGCAAUCAAUCGCGAGCCAAUCCACCAAGCACAGGCCAAGCCAGCGGCAGUGUCAGCGAAUGCUCAUCAGGCCGUGCCAAAAGCGAAACCUGGAGCUGCUCCCGCUGCCAAACACCAACCAGUCCAGCACAAAGCUCCGGGUGUUGUAGCAUUGCCUGCGGCAGGCAUCAACAGAGAGCCAGCGAACGCUAUGCCCGCCUCGCACAACGCAGCAGCCAUAAAGCCCGAAGCACUGAUAUACGAGGCAGCCGCUUUGAAGCAAGCGUUGGAGGUCUUUGCCAUGGACGAGAUCGAGGCCGGCUUCCAAGCCAUUCCAGACGUUCCAGAGGCCGCCGCUUCUCCAGCAUCUCAGGCAUCGAGCGAUAACGCCGCACAACAGCCACAAGCCAAACCAGUAGCGAAUAACGCGAAUGCAGCAAAGGCACAACCCGCUGCAGCUCAUGUCGCGGGCGUGCCGGCUCAGAAUCAAGCGGUAGCUUUGCCGGCGGCAGCUCACUUGGUGCAACCAGUCGAACGCCCUUCCUACGAUAACCAGCGCGCCAACGUCAAGUACGGCGUACACUACUUCGGUGGCUACUUCAGCUUGCACGGGUACCAACGCCAUAUGUCCUUGCGCUGCGGGCUACCAGUGCAUGUACAUCUCACCUUGCGAAUGGGAGUGUUUGCCGAUGUCUGCUACUUCGACUGCUACUAUGUGAUGGACUCUUGCAGAUCGAUUGAGUUCGUGCUACGAUAUGUCAUGUUCAGGAUACAAUUGAGCGAGUAA